AUGCUCAGUGGUGCUUGGUGUCUUGGACGCGCCCAGCUGAAAGCCACACUUGCUCCCCCCGCUUCUCGAAAUUUUGCGCUCUGUUGCUGGCGAGCUUUUGGCUCCUUCCGCAACCUUGUGCAUUCCCGCGCAUUGUUCGACGUGGCCCUCUCUCGAAUGAUGAUGAUGAUGAUGAUGAUGAUGAUGGCGAUGACGGUGACGAUGCAGUGGCAGUGGUGGACCUGCCUGCUCUUCGCCGCCGCCGGCUCCGCCAUGAUCGUACCCUCCAACACUUCGACUGUGAGCGAUCGCUUUCCGGGCACGCUGCCGUUGCAUCAUGCCGAGGGCGAUUCCACGCAGAUUGCGCAACUCAUCCCACUGACCCGGGAAGCGGCAAGGCACACCAUCGAGGGCAACUUGUACAACACCAACUUCUCCAAUGUCGCAAACAUUGCGAACAACGAAAUUGCAUACAUUAGCUGCAACCCAGACGACUACAACGGCCUCGUAGACGCCCAGCGCGUGUUCACAGAGGCAUAUCAGAAUGCGAACAUCUCGGGCGUCAUUUUGUACAGCACUGCGACCGACUACUGCGAUUACGUGCAGGAGACCUCACAGGACAUCAUGCGCACACUCCCCAUCUUCUCCAUGGUGAACAAACAGGACUCCGCUAGAGUGCUCGAUGCCGUCGCCAACCUGCCAAUCUCCAUGAAGUUUUUUGUGCGGGUGCAGGGUCGGAGCAAUGAUAAUAGCAACAACGAUCAACAGUCAGGGCAAAAUCCGCUGGGUCCUUCGCCGUCGACGGCGGUCGCUAUGAUUAUCCUGUAUAGUAUCACGGGCAUCAUCACGGCACUGUUCCUCGUCAUCAUCAUCACGGGCGCUGUCCGCGCGCACCGCCACCCCGAAAGAUAUGGACCCAGAAACGUUUUGGGCCGACCCCGACAGAGUAGGGCACGGGGGCUGGCAAGAGCCAUGUUGGACACGAUUCCGAUUGUCAAGUUUGGCGAGAAGGAGCCUCUAAAGCCAACAGAUGUCGAGCUGGGGCCGUCGACAGAGACAAGAGAGGUUGCAGCAGCCAAUGUGGAAACGGAGAUGCAGCAUGUUUCCCCAGUAGCCGUGGGAACAGCAACAACAAAUGCGACAACCAAGCCAACCACGGAUGAGAUUGAAAGCUCACGAAAUGCUACCCAACCACAGGCAGAAGACGACCAGGAAGGCAUCGCAGCCGCAGCAAACGGUACAGAUGGCACGUCCCACGAUGCAAACCUCGGCUGCUCCAUCUGCACCGAAGACUUUGAAAAGGGCCAGGAUCUCCGCGUUCUGCCCUGCAACCACAAAUUUCACCCCGACUGCGUCGACCCCUGGCUCCUCAAUGUCUCAGGCACAUGUCCCCUCUGCCGUGUAGAUCUCCACCCCGUAGCCUCUAACGACAACUCAAUCCCCCCAUCCGACCUCUCGGAUCCGCCACAGCCCCUCGAAGCAGAAUCCUCGCACCGCCGCCGCAGCGCCUUCCGCGACAUUUUCGCCUCAAUAACUCUGUAG